CAGGUACACACUUGUUUAUUUAAUAUUAUUGUGAUGAAAUUCUCCAGUAUGUUAGUUUCACAAACAGUAAUGUGGAUGUGGACCAUAUAUGGUCGUGUUAUUUUAUGUGCAAUUUAAUGCAGUAUUCUUCAACCUUGGUCCGCAAUGCAGCGUGCCAAUAGUCAGACACACCUGGAUUAAUCCCUUUGUCCAAUGAUGUAAGACAGGAAAUAAAAGAGCUGUGCUUAAUUCAGGAAAUAGUGAAGUUGUGCACAAAGCUCAGAAAGCACAAGUUUGUUUAAAAAAAAUAGCACAGCCCCACCAAAAAUAUUUUUCACCAGCCGCCACUGGUUUAAGUAUCAGGCGUGACAUUAAAAGCAGACGCUUUGAUGCUCCACCUGAGAGUAAAUCUGUAAGGCUUGUCACCAGCAUUCAGACAUCAGUUCUGUUUGCUUCACAGCCAGACAGGACACGGUAAAAAAAGAGGGAGUUUUCCUCUCCACUGUCGCUGCAUGCUUGCUUAGUAUGAGGACUGCUGUAAAGACUCUGACACUAGUCAGCAGUGAUUGGCAGUAACGCGUUAAAUGUAACGCGUUACAGUAAUCCAAUUACUUUUUUGAGUAACGGGUAAAGUAAGGGAUUACAAUGGCAAAAAUGUAAUUAAACUGCCGUUACUUUGGUGCAAGCAGGCUGCGUUACUGCGUUACUCAAAUGAGUAGAGCGCAUCUCCUGACGAUGACGUCUAAACGCGUGCGCCGUCUAUGAUAGAAAACAACAGACGAGAACAACGGAGCGUGACAGAGAGCAUGUGCGUUCGGCGUUUGAUGGUUGGAAGUGUCGCCACUACUUUCAGUUUGAUUCUGUAAAAAACGACAAAAAUAUUAGUGUCCGCUGCACACUCUGCGUUGGAAGGAAACUUAUCUGCAGCGAAAAACUCAACUUCCAACCUUAGCAAGCAUCUAGCUAACCGGCAUGGGAAUGUGAAGCUCACCGAGAGCCCGACUGGCAUCACAGCUGCAGCUGCUAACGUGGAUUCUCCAUCAGACGGCCCUACUGCUAGUAAACAGGUGAAAAUAGAUGUAAAACCCGCCGGACUUGGUGCCGCCGAACUGAAAAAGCUUGUUGCUAGCUAUGUAGUGGAGGAGAUGUUACCGAUUUCCACUGUGGAUUCUGAAUCAUUCCGACGCAUCAUAGACAAAAUUCCGACUAAAAGUGGUGUCAGACUACCCCAGAGAAAGUCAUUCUCAGAAUACCUUGAGCGAGAAUAUGACAUCAUGAACUCCUAUUUGAAGGCAACACUUGAAGAGGUAGACUUUGUUUCCACUACUGCUGACAUUUGGACGGUGAAUAACAAAAGUUUCUUGGGUGUAACAGUUCACCGGAUUAAUUCCACUUUACAGCGCAACAAGGCAGCUCUUGCAUGCAAGAGGAUUAAAGGCAGCCACACAUUUGAUGUGAUUGGAGCAGAGAUGGAAGAAAUUUGUUCCACAUACGGGUUGCAUGGCAAAGUUGUUGCCACAGUAACAGAUAACGCAUCCAACUUCGCCAAAGCAUUCAGAAUGUAUCAGUCCUGUGAUUUGGAGUCUGAAUCUGAAAACGAGGAUGAUGAGGAGGAACCAACUUUUACAGAUGUCAUAAAUGUUCUGUCAGCCCAUCUACAGAAGGUCAGUUCAGCCUGCCUCCACAUUACAGAUGUGCAUCACACACACCAUUAACCUGAUAUCAACAAGUGAUGUUGAGAAACAUCUAAACUCCAGUGCAGAAACCAAGAGUGUGUACAGGAGCAGCAUGGCGAAGUGCUCUGCUCUUUGGACUAAAGCAAGUCGGUCGACAUUAGCUGCUGAACAGGUAGAGGAAAUCAGCCGCAGGAAGCUGAUGGUACCUGCAUCCACAAGGUGGAAUUCCCUGUAUGAAGCAAUUUCAAGAAUCCUCACUAUACCUUCAAAUGAACUUAAUCCAUUGUGUGUAAAACUGGGAAUCAAGUGCUUUACUGAAAAGGAGCAUCAGUUCUUGAAGGAAUACAUCGGUGUGAUGAAGCCCCUGACAGUAGCUCUGGACAUCUUGCAAGGAGAUGAGUGCCCUUAUGGAGCUCUACUACAACACUCACAAGCCUGAUGUCAGAGACACGUGCCCUGAAAGACGACCUCUCUAAAAGGACAGCCACCCUUCCAGAUGUCAUCGCCAAGGCCAUCAAGACUCGCUUUAAUGCUGUUCUGGAGAGCCAAGAAGGACGUCUUGCAGCGGCCACCUGUCCAGAGUUUAAGCUGCGUCGGCUGAGAGACGAGUGUAGCCGAGUGCAGGUGAAGGAGCUUCUUAUCACAGAGUGUCGUACAACCGCUGCUGCAACUGCUGACGUGCCCCAAGACUCCCAACCUCCAGCCAGUCCAGAUGAGAUGGACUUUUUUGACUUUGAGAUCCAACCCAGAGAAUCCUUCUCAGCAGAAAAUGAAGUAACUGACUAUAUAAGGUCAGGGCAUGAGCUUGAGCUUCUGAAUCAGUUUCCAACUGUUAAAAAGAUUUACAUGAAGUACAACACUCCACCUCCAUCCAGUGCACCAGUGGAAAGGCUGUUUAGCUCAGGUGGAUUGGUGCUUUCCCCGAAAAGAAACCGACUAUCUGAUAGAAGGUUUGAGAAGCUUCUGCUGAUGCGAUAUAACCACUGCUUCACUCAAAAGAAAACAAAACAUCUGGUACAUUUUAGGUUAGUCAUGAUUUUAGACUGGGUCUAAAUGUAGCACGGAACAGAAAAAACAUGCUUUAACUGUUUUGGAGUCAGUUACAUUUACAGGUUUUUGCUUGAUAGAUAGUCAUAAGUCAUAAAGUGAAAACAUAAUUGAAAAUGAUAUUUUUUUGGUGAGCCAUGUACACUGAGACUAGGUCUAAAUGUAGCAUGAAACUGAAUUCUCUGUUUUGGUUGUUAUGGCAUUACUCUAAGUUCCACUUCACCAACUUCUAAAGAAUUGUUAAAUGGAAUAGUGUAUUUUUUAAAUUUAUUUUAGUUGUAUUUCACUAGAAUUUACUCUAAGUUUAAACGCUGCGAAAGUUUGUCAUGUUAAAUGCAGGUAUGUGCAGAAAUAUAAGAAAAAAACUUGAUUUAUUUUUCUUAAAUUGUGGUGAAAUGUGCAAUAAACAGGUUUAUAUAUUAAACUAAUUUCU